AUGCACAAGCUGAGGUUACAGACUGUGUCCAGAUGGUUGUGGCCGUAUAAAGGGGUGUUCUCAUUCCUCUGGCGCUGUAGGCCCACGAUGAAUUCUCCGGUGAGCUCACUCCGCAAACUCAGAGCGACUAUCUCCACCAGCAGCCCCACUAAUCCCCACCACGAGCCAGCCACCCCCACGCCCCGCUGCCCCUCCGCCGCAUCCUCAGCCGACUCCGCCCCAGCCUCCCUCUCCCCCGGCGCCAGCCCGCCCACCCACCAUCUGCCGGGCGGCAGCGGCUUCAGGAACCCGUGGCCAUCCGCCUCCUCCAGCCAGGCCAGCCACCUCGCCCACCUCAUCAACAACGGCAUCCCCCUCCAGCUCGCCAAGAAACCCUCAACCGACCUCAAACCUGUCCGCACCCUGCCCGCCGACCUCAAGCUCUACGCCAGCCAUGCCCACCCAGCCCCGCCCUCCAACACGCUAGUCUCCACCUGGCUCGGCCAUGCAGGCUAUCUCGUCCAGUUUCCAAUGCUCUCCAGAGCCGCGUCCAGCCAGCAGAAACCCCGGCCGUUCAGGAUCCUCUUUGACCCGAUGUUCUCCGUCCGGGCAGGACCUACCCAAUGGACCGGGCCCAAGAGACUAAAGCCGAGUCCCUGCCACAUCAAGCAAAUCCCCACCGUCGAUAUCUGCUUCAUCUCCCAUUCACAUUACGACCACUUGGAUUACGACACCAUCCAAGAACUCUCCCAACGACAACCACACCUGAAGUACUUCGUCCCACUAGGUCUGAAAGCGUGGUUUGAUUGUGUGUCGGUGCCAUCGGAUCAAGUCGUCGAGCUGGAUUGGUGGCAGUCACGAGACUGGGACCCGGCGGUGCGGAGCUCACAACAAGCCACCCCGGUCGACCGGGCGAGCGCGGGCAGCUCGACGGACGACGCGAGCGCCUCGAUCCGCCUCACCUGUGUCCCUGCCCAACACUCCAGCGGCCGCUCUCUGUUGGAUCAGAAUACCUCGCUGUGGUGCGGAUGGAUCGUCGAGCAGAUCGGCCCCGACUCCCCUCCCCCACCCUCGGAUCCGCCCCCUUCUUCCUCGCCCACGCAGGGCCCCCGGCCGCCCUUGUCCGUCACCACCACCACCAACACCACCAACACCAACACCACAUCAACAACAUCAACAUCCUCGAACCAACAGGCUUUCGGCGAUCACCGUGAUCGCCGGAAAUGCUGUGUGUAUUUCGCCGGAGACACCGGCUACCGAAGCCAACAUGACCGAGAACUGACCUGUCCCGCUUUCAAAGAAAUCGGCGAACGGUUCGGCCCGAUCGAUUUCUCGAUGAUUCCGAUUUGGAGAGGGGGCACAUUGUCGUUUGUUUCAUGGGCCGGCCUACGGAUAUCGGAUCCGAAUUUCCUGGUGGUUCACCAUGCGAGUCCGGAGGAUGCGGUGCGGAUCCACCAAGAUGUGCGCUCGAAGCACUCGAUCGGCAUCCACCAUUCGUGCUUCAUCGGCAACGACCUCGAGUCCCUCGAGGCCUUGGUCGAACUCGACCGGGCUAAAGACCUCUACAAUGUCCCUCCCUUCGACCAUCCCUUCGGCUUCGGCGUCGUCGAUGUAGGCGAGACUGUUGAGAUUGACCUUUGA